AUGGAUAGACUAUUAGCUGGUAAACUAUCCAGAAAACUUGGAUUAUCAGUACGAGAUGAAUUACCAAGAGAUGAAAAUGGAAUGCAAAGUAUUGAUGAAUAUUUAGAAGAUGAUACACAAGAUAAUAUUAGAUUUCAACAAGUUGAAGAAGAUUUACUACGACAAAAAAAUUUAGAAAACCUAAUAGAACCACCACGAAUCAAUAACGAUCAAUUACCAAUACGGUCAAGAAGACAACAACAAUCACCACCAGUAGAACCAACUGUUUAUCAAGAUGAGAUAGAUUACAAUGAUUUCGAUUAUGAUAACAAUUCCGAUAAUAAUGAUCCAAACCACACGAAAAACAAUGAUGAUGAUGCAGAGAAUGAUAGUAAUAAAGAAAAUGAUCAAUCACCUUUUAAUUAUGUAGCAAGAAGGAUUAAUUUUGAUAAUAAUGAUGAUAAUAAUAUAACUGAAAAUGAAACAAAUAGUCAAAUAUUUCAAAUAAAUAAAUCACCAGCAUUAAAUAAACAAUCACCUUUAAGAUCUCCAUUACCCGAACAACAACAACAGCAACAACAACAACAAUUGAUACAAGAUGAAAUGGACUUUGAUUAUAAUCAAUUCGAUAAUGACGAUUAUGAUAAUGAUCAACAAUAUUCAGAUCAACACAUCGAUAAUGAUAUACGGUCUCAUGAUAACAUCAAUCAACGAAAUCCUUCAAUAUCAAGAGAAUCUUCACCUAGUUUACAAUUUACAAGAAUAUCGAACCCCAGAAAAUCAACACGAGGAACAAUAAAUAAUGAUUCAGAUUCAAUGGAAAAAACACAACCAUCAAUAUCAACAACAACACAAGAAAAUCAAGAUGAUUCACUAGAUGAAACUACUUAUGGAAAUCAAACAACAACAUCAGGUGAUUACUUCCCCUCAUCAUCGAUUGAAACAACCAAUAACACCACCAACCAAACUAAAAGAAAAAAACCAACAUCAUCACAAGAAAUAACAACAAGAAUAAAUUCAUUACCAUCACCACCCACAGAAGGAUUAAGAAGAUCAAAAAGAACCAAGAUCCCACCAUUAGCAUAUUGGAGAAAUGAAAGAGUAAUAUAUACAAAAGCAAGUCAAUUAAGUAGUGAUUUAGAUGAUCCUGAUACUACAUUGGCAAGAGAUAUUCAUAAUAUUCCAUUAAGACUGAUAAAGGAAGUUGUUCAUGUACCUGAACCACAAGGAUAUAAUUAUUCCAAUAGAAGAACCACAAAAAGAAAACAAUCACAACAUAAAUCAAUAAUAACUCCAAUAUCUCCAACAAGUUCAGAUGAUCAAGAUGAACCAAUAAUAGAAAAACCAAAUGUUCCAGGUGCAUCAUGGUUAAAAAAUCAAGUAUUACAAUUAAAUAUUCCAGAACAUGGAAAAUUUGUUGAAAAAGCAAUAGCAUAUAGUUCAGAUUAUGGCACUUUUAGAUCACCAGCAAUAUACAAUGAAGAAGAUGGUACAACAUCAGAAGAUCCAAAUCUUAAAAUAGCUACUUUAUUUAAUGAUAUUAUUGGAAAUUGUGCAGUUGGAAUGUUAGAAUUGAAAGGUUUAAAACCACCAGUUAAAAUUACUUCAAGUACUUAUUUUUUAUUAGUUGUAAAGGGAACUGUUGAAGUUUUAUUUAAUGAUGAAAGUUUUAUUGUUACAAAAGGUUGUAAUUUUUGUAUACCUUCUGGUAGUGAAUAUGGAUUAAAAAAUAUUGGUCAAUUUCCUGCACUUUUACAUUUUGUUCAAGUUAGAGAUGAAGAAAUAGUAGAGGAAGUAAUAGAAGAAAGAUAA